ACAGUUUUAAUGAACAUACAAUGCCUGUAACCGAUGUUGUUACGGACUAUGGUGGUUGCAAUGCAAUCAUGGUCUCUGCUUCAGAAGAUCGGACUUGCAAGGUUUGGAGCCUGUCGAAAGGUUUGUUGUUGAGAAAUAUUGUCUUUCCUUCAACCAUUAAUGCGCUUGCAUUGGAUCCUGGCGGGACUUUGUUCUAUGCUGGUGGCAAAGAUGGGAAGAUUUAUAUUGGUGCACUUAACGCCAAAAGUGAUUAUGGAACACAGACUCUCGGUUCAGUAUCUGAACAGAGGUACACCCAUUCCCUUGUAUAUAAAGUCGUAAUAUCUUAAUUGUAAUCCAAUAUCCAAAUCAUAAUAUCUGAACAGCCCUUUUAAUAAGAAUAUUCAUGUAUCGAACUGAAAUGGGCGGUUUUUUUACCUGUUUCUUCCUCCACAGUUGAGACCCUGUAUUCAGAUGGGAUGGAGUAAAAAAGAUAUUUGCAUUUGUUAGGGGAGGAGUUGGAUCUUUUGGAAAAUAUAUUUCUAAUUCCUUGGUUAAUUG